AUGCAAAACGUUACCAACUGAUUACUAGCUUCAGCUGUAUCAUGGCUUCCUCCUCCUUUCCCUUUGGCCUUCUUCUUCUACUACUUCUCUCACUACAAUCCGCUCGGAUUACUGGCAGCCCCUCCUACUGUGGACCAAUACCGGCCAGCGAUAAGGAUCGGAUUGAGUUUGCUCAGAACCUGGAAUUCCUAGAAGCAGAAUUCUUCUUGCGUGGCUCAAUGGGUAAAGGCCUUGACAGUUUUGAUCCGCAAUUGGCCAAGGAUGGUCCCGAGCCAAUUGGUGCACAGAAAGCCAAUCUUGACCCUCUCACUUUCCGAAUCAUCCAGGAAUUCGGUUAUCAAGAAAUUGGACAUCUCAGGGCAAUUGUGGAUGCAGUAGGUGGAAUUCAAAGGCCUCUGUUGGAUCUCAGCCCUGAAGUUUUCGCCACAAUAUUCAACAAAGCAGUAGGGUACACCCUGAACCCUCCCUUCGACCCUUAUGCCAAUAGUUUGAACUUCCUCUUAGGAUGCUACGUUAUCCCUUACGAAGGACUCGUAGGUUAUGUAGGCACAAUUCCUUCGCUUCAAUACUACUCCAGUCGUCGUUUGGUUUCGGGGCUUCUGGGGGUGGAAUCUGGACAAGAUGCAGUUAUACGAACAUUGUUGUAUGAAAGAGCUGGGGAGAAGGUUCCACCAUACGAUAUAACGGUGGCGGAGUUAACGAACAAGAUCUCAAUGCUCAGAAACCAGCUGGCGAUGUGCGGUAUCAAAGAUGAAGGUCUUAUUGUCCCACUAUUCUUGGGGGCGGAGAACCUAACGGAUAGCAAUAUUUUAUCGGCAAAUGCUUAUUCGAUAUCAUACGCACGAAAUCCACAGGAGAUUCUAAGGACGGUGUACGGAAGCGGCAGCGAGUAUACACCUGGUGGGUUCUAUCCCCAAGGUGCGAAUGGGGAAAUCGCCAGUAGAUUCCUCGGCAACCGUACUGCUUAAAAGGGUCUCGAAAGCUUUAUAUGGAAUAAUGAUAGGGGGAUCAUUUUGGAGACGAAAUCGGAGAACAACAAAUGAAACAAGGUCAAAUUGAUAAUUAUUGUUGAGAUUGCUUUACUUGUCAUCCUUCGAUUUCGUCCCUAAAAUCGUUCCCCCUAUCAUUACUCUUUUAUAUGUAAAAUAUCUCUUUUUGCACUUUCCAGUCUGAGCUCUCUGUAGAAAGAGACUCUUUGUUAGGAAACUGCCUCUAUCUUUAGAGGCUUAUCCGUAAAUAAGGUCAGUGUUAUAUGGUUUAAUAUUAUUAUAAUAUUUAAUAAAAAGACAAUAAUUGA